UGUAUCCUCUGGCUUCUACUCUGAGGGUGAAUUCAAAGAUGUUCAACGCAUACCUUACAACUGUACACAAGUUUCUUCAUGUGGCAAUAUCCUCAACAUUUCAUACCCAUUUCGACUCAAAGGAGACUCACCAAACUGUGGUGACUCCAACUACCAACUCUCUUGCGAAAACAAUCAAACUAUACUCAGCUUCGAUUCUCAAAGAUACUUGGUGAAGGCAAUCGACUACAACAACAGCACAAUCCGGAUUGCUGAUAUUGGCGUCCAGGAUGGUAAUUGCUCCUCUAGACCUAUUAAUUCUUUAUCAGCCUUUUACGAAGACGUAGGGGAUAUGGUGAAUGCUUGUAUUCGCUGUAUGAUUUUCCCACUACAGUCUACGAUCUAUAUUAUGUAAGCUGUGAGAGUCCAGUGAAUUCUAGCACUUAUGUGGAUGCUAAUUCUCCCUGCAUAAUCCAAUCCAAACCAAAUCAAUCAACAACAGAAGAUCAUAUCAUUAUGUACUGGUCGGUGAUGAUUUUAUGUAUACAGAGUUGAAAGUCUCGUGUGCCAUUGAUUUCAUCGCACAAACAAACUUUUCUCGCAACUACAACUUAUCUUACAUGGACAUCCAUAAGAAGCUUGCUUAUGGUAUGGAGCUUUCUUGGUCUACAAUUUCAUGUGCUGCUUGUAGAGGUAGACGCGGUUUUUGUCGUCUAGAGAACAACACCAUUAUCCAAUGCUGCGAGGAUUUCUACUGCAACACAACAUUCACCCCACCUAAGUGUGACUUACGAUGCAUGUUCAAAUAUUAUUUCUACGAUAGGGUUACGGAAGCCAUAUACGACAACCGCCUGUUGCUAGAGCACAAGGUGCUCGGUAAGUUCUUAUUCUUCAAGUUUCUUUUAGCAUGUACAGUUAUAACUUAAAUGAAGUAAUUUCAUGCAAUUUUAAUAUGCUACUCUCCCUUUCACCCCACAAGAAGCACCGACAUUUCUUAGUCAUGCUAUAUUUGUCAUUAACUGCCAUAGAUGGUUUUCCAAUGCAGUACUGGUUCUUGUACCAAGAACAUUAUUUGGGUU